AUGUGGGACAACGUCAGGUCAAAUCUCUGAACACAACAUCCAACAUGAGCCUCCAGAUGUGUCACUGUGGCUGGUCCAAAGUCACCACCCACCACGGUCUGAGAACUCACCAGGGGAAGAUGGGGUGUACACCCAAGGGAAUGCACAUCCCUCGGAGUGAACUAUUAACAUACAUUCCAAUAAGUUUUAAGGGAACAAGUUUGAUCAAUGUAAAAGACCCUUCUGAAGAUAUUUUUAGGACUUCUUUGCAGUCUGGCAAGAUCUUUGAACACAACUCCUCUGACAAGAGCCUCCAGACCUGCCACUGCGGCUGGUCCAAGGUCACCACCUACCACGGCCUGAGGACUCACCAGGGGAAGAUGGGAUGUACACCAAAGGGAAUGCGCAUCCCACAGAGCGAAUCAUCUGGUUACAUUUCAAAAAGUCUGAACACACCCAGUCAAAUUACAUUAGAAGACAAUUCCACAGAUACAUCUAAGACUACUUCAAAGUCUGAAAAGGAGAGAAAAGAAUCUACACCAUUUAAGCAAAGUGAUAAGUGGAAGAGAGAGAAGGUGCAAGAGACUCCAGGAAAACAGACGAUUAAGAACUUGGUAGAGCAAUAUGACCAAGCGCAGCAUGAGGGAGAGCGGCCAUGUCCCGCUUGGUCUGAGUGCAGGCGGGCAGGUUCCAGGUUGGGAACAGAGUACAGGCAGGAGGACAACUGA